AUGGCUCCGCCUCCCCCCUCCCCCUCCAUGGCGCCGCCCGGGCUCAUUCAUUCCGCGCUGGGCCUGCCAGACACCUGCGCGCUCCCUCAGCCGCCCGCCGCAGCCACAAUGUCGGGCCCCGUCCCCGAGACACCGUCCGCCAUCCAGAUCUGCCGGAUCAUGCGGCCGGAUGAUGCCAAUGUGGCUGGCAAUGUGCACGGAGGGACCGUCCUGAAGAUGAUCGAGGAAGCAGGAGCCAUCAUCAGCACCCGGCACUGCAACAGCCAGAAUGGGGAGCGCUGCGUGGCUGCGCUGGCCCGGGUGGAGCGCACGGACUUUCUGUCGCCCAUGUGCAUUGGCGAGGUGGCGCAUGUCAGCGCAGAGAUCACCUACACCUCCAAGCACUCGGUCGAGGUGCAGGUGCAUGUGAUGUCCGAGAACAUCCUCACAGGUACCAAAAAGCUGACCAAUAAGGCCACCCUGUGGUAUGUGCCCCUGUCGCUGAAGAAUGUGGACAAGGUCCUGGAGGUGCCUCCGGUUGUGUACUCCCGGCAGGAGCAGGAGGAGGAGGGCCGCAAGCGCUACGAGGCCCAGAAGCUGGAGCGCAUGGAGACUAAGUGGCGCAAUGGGGACAUCGUCCAGCCCGUCCUGAACCCAGAGCCUAACACGGUCAGCUACAGCCAGUCCAGCUUGAUCCACCUGGUGGGGCCUUCUGACUGCACCCUGCAUGGCUUCGUGCACGGAGGGGUCACCAUGAAGCUCAUGGACGAGGUGGCUGGGAUCGUGGCCGCACGUCACUGCAAGACCAACAUAGUCACGGCCUCCGUGGAUGCCAUUAACUUCCACGACAAGAUCCGAAAAGGCUGUGUCAUCACCAUCUCCGGACGCAUGACCUUCACCAGCAAUAAGUCCAUGGAGAUUGAGGUCUUGGUGGACGCCGACCCCGUGGUGAACAACUUUGUGAAGCGCUACCGGGCCGCCAGUGCCUUCUUCACCUACGUGUCCCUGAGCCCAGAGGGCAAGUCUCUGCCUGUGCCUCAGCUCGUGCCCGAGACUGAGGACGAGAAGAAGCGCUUCGAGGAAGGCAAAGGGCGGUACCUGCAGAUGAAGGCGAAGCGGCAGGGCCAGGUGGAGACUCAGGCCUAG